CUGUCUGUCAUACAGGAAACUGUGAGUAUUUGUUUGAUGUACCAUUACACAGGGUUGUCAGCACAAACACUGCCCCCUGUCUCUUGGCUAAAAAAUUGAGGAUCUGUACUAAAAUCACUUCUAUAUGUAUAUAUGUAUGUAUGUAUAAAUGUGUGUUUGUGUGUGCUUGUGAGCAGGGUGUCUAUCCUGGGGGACAACUACAAUUUUUCCACAACUGAUUUCACCCCAGCUGAUGUGUAUAGCUCCAUAAAAGUGUAUCUGAACAGCAGCGAUGGCAGCCCCCGCUGCUAUAACUCCUCAGAUCCUCUUCUGAACUCCACCGCCUGGUUUGCUGACAACAUCGGAUUCUUCAUCACUUUCAUUAACCUCGCUGACCUGCAGUCAUUCCUAACAGGAAACAUGACGAGUGCGUUCCUGCAGAACGCAGAAAAUCUUCAGCUGUUCAACAACUCAGGAAUUUCAGCCAGUGUCCUGGAGUACUACACAACAGAGUUAUACAUCCAGAAUCCUGACUUCAGCCCACUCGGAUUGCCAGCUGAGCUGCUGUGUCGAACUCCUUCCUCCAUGUUUGUUCACCUUGGAGAUGCAGACAUCAAGACCAUCCUGACGAGCAUCAACAACUUCUGCACAGAAAUGAAUCCAGAGGUCACAGCGGUGCUGGUAGCAAAGUUCCCCAAUGUAUCUGCAUCCACCAUCCAAUCUUUGGGCAGCCAGUGUGUGGGCCUGACUGUGGGCCAGAUAAGCUCCACCCCCUCCAGUGUGAUAAACAGUGCUCUGUCUACACUCAGUAACAUCAGUGGCUGGGACCAGGGCCAAGUGAAUGCCCUGAUCCAGAGCAUCAUUAGUGCGGGCUUUAAUAUCAGCAGUGCCUCCUCUCUGGAGUCCCUGGGAACACUCCUCGGUGGCGUUCCCUCUGCAACCAUCUCCAUCAUCCCAUCGUCUCAGCUUCUGUCUUUAUCGCAGAAUCCAGCAUUCAUCAAUAACAUUCUGUCAGCACCAGUUAUUCUGCAAAAGACAUUUGUCCAGAAGGUAAUCUCUGUAGACCAAACUGAAGUGCUACAGAAUGUUCCGGAUGCACUCGUGAUGUAUAUUCCACUUGUUCUACUGACCUCACUGAGCUCUGUUGACGUUUCACUCAUCAAUAACAAGAGCUGGAGUCACGAACAGGCUAUGAUGUUGUUUGGUGCAGUGGCCAAUGCCAGUGAUAAUCCAGAAGACCUGUCAGCAUCAAUACUGCAGGGAUUUACCUGCAGCUCACUUCAGACUCUCCCACAGCAGAAAGCCAAAGAUCUAGUCAAAGCCUGUAGACCACGUGCAGGCAGAGACAAGGUCCUCCUGAAAGAGGCUCAGCUGACCUGCAUGUACAACUACGUGAAAGACGAUCCAUUUGUUAGCUUUACUGACGUCCCCUCUGAUAUGCUUCUGUACUACAGCUAUGAGAAGAUACAGAAGGAGAACUGCCAGUCAUAUUUCAGUGCCGUGGGCAGAGCAGAUUUCUCCGUUCUUUCCCACGGCCUUGACAAAAAGACCAUCCUGUUCAAUGAUGCAAAGGACUGCCUGGGUAUAUCUGGUGUGAGCCUGACCAGUUAUCAGGUGGAGGUUCUGGGGAAUAUGGCCUGCACACUGGACUCCUCCUACAUCCAGAACUCUCACCCUCUCAUGUUGGAGAAACUGAAGAACUGUGGAGAUCUUUCUGAUUCUCAGAUCACUGCUGUACAGUCUUUGCUCCUCAGUGGGAACACCGCUUAUGGUAAUCCCUCAACGUGGAAUGAGCAGACCGUGGAGCAAAUCGGCAUCCUGGCUGUCUAUUUCAAAUCAGACCUCUGCAACGCACUUAGCUUUGUAUGUAAAACUGUUCAGUUUUAAAUUUGCGCUUGUGAUUGAUUUAUUGACCCAAUGUUAGACCUUUUGGGACUAAUUUAAUGUUAUGUCUGUGU